GAACGCUGAGGAAGUCCUUGGUCGCAAUUGGAACUUAUGACGGACAAGAAGGACGCACCGACGAAGAGCUUCUUGACGUCGCUGAUCGCGGGCGGGAUGGCCGGCACAGGUGUCGAUGUCGCGUUGUACCCGCUGGACACGAUCAAGACGCGCCUUCAGAGUUCACAAGGCUUCCUGAAAGCCGGCGGGUUUAAGGGCGUGUACAAGGGUCUGUCCGCGGCUGCUGCGGGCUCUGCUCCUGGAGCGGCGUUAUUCUUCAGCACGUACGAAACAACAAAACGAUUCUUGCAACAGCUACAACCCCAUCUCGCCGACUCCCCUGUCGUCCACAUGGCAUCUGCCGCCAUGGGUGAGACGGCGGGAUGCCUUGUCCGUGUUCCGACCGAGAUCGUCAAGCAGAAUCUCCAAACGGGAGCGUUCCAAUCGUUCCAAGAGUCGAUUCGUAGCAUCUACGGAACGAGCGGCGUGGCGGGCUUCUACCGCGGAUACUGGAGUUUGCUGGCUCGCGAGAUCCCUUUUUCGUUUAUUCAAUUUCCUCUGUGGGAAGGCAUGAAGACGGCAUGGGGCCACCACCAAGGUGAAAUCGUGAGUCCUGUCCAAGGUGCAGUGUGCGGCUCGAUCUCGGGCGGGUUUGCGGCGUUCGUCACGACGCCGUUGGACGUUAUCAAGACUCGUCUGAUGCUGGGCAAGGACGCGCAAGGCGUCGAGUACCGCGGCAUGCGUGACGCGUUCACACGAGUGUACACACAGGAAGGAUGGCAGACGUUGUUUUCGGGCGUCAAGCCUCGAACUACGUGGAUUACUAUCGGCGGAUUUGUCUUUUUCGGAGUGUACGAACAAGCGUCGGCGACGCUUCCAUUCUAAGGUGUUCGAUACAUGCGAUUCCUACAAAAUCUUGCAAUGGCAUGUUGUUCACGGUAACGGCACCGCUGUGGGUUCAGUCAUCGCAUCCUCCAGCUCGUCUUGCUCGUCCUGACGAACGAUCAUCGCGAGAACGUCGGCUUGGGACAUGGCCAUCGCGUCUGCGCGGUGUCGAAUUUGUGUCGCGAGGCUUCCAAGGUGCAGGCCCCAUGUCUCUGUCGGCCACUUGGGGUCGUUCAACGGUACUUUGAAUUUGGUAGCGAUGCGCAGAUGGCCGAAUAGUUUCUCGUGGGUGCGAAGGGCCACUACGACUUGGUUCCAUUGAUGGUCUAACGGGUCCCAGAUCAUCCCGACGUGGUCCAGGGCAUCGUGGUGAGACCUUGGUAGGUCGUCCAUGCGGUUGCGGGUCGAAUGGACAACAGAACCCAGCGCCAGGCCCCACGUGUGCUCGGGAUAUGAUGGGUCUUGGUCAGGAAUGACGAACCGCUUGGGCACAAGGGCAUCACCAUGCUGCUUCACGUACGCCGUCAACGCGUCCAAGUUCCGCGCCCAUUGAUGGUCCCAUGCGUUCCACACGAAAUCCAAUGCAUCCAGCGCGGCGCGGCGGUCCGGAGGCAUAUCGUCCGCGCCGAUAUGCCGCCAGGACGCCAUGACGCGUCCAAGCGGUAGCCCGUGCAUGUGAAUAGGCCACUCGGGAUCGUCAUCGGGCACGACAAAGCGAUAUGGAACGUGGGAGUGUUCAUGCAGUCGGAUGAAAUGCUUGAGAGCUUCAAGGUUGGAUUCCCACUGCGUGUUCUUGACGUCCCAC